AUGGAAUUCCAAGUUUUUGCCUUUCCCAUCAUAGUCUCCUGCAUCUUCAUCUUCGCUUUACUAAAAUUAUGUCACAAGUCCGAUGUGAAAGGCCUUUCCAAGCUUCCUCCCGGUCCAAGGAAGCUCCCACUCAUAGGAAACUUGCACCAGCUUCUUGGGUCACCGCCUCAUCGUGCAUUGCGGGACUUGGCCAAGAAAUAUGGGCCGUUGAUGCAUUUGCAGGUCGGGGAAGUUCCUCAUGUGGUCAUUUCUUCGGCCGAAAUGGCCAAGGAGGUGAUGAAGACCCACGACCUUACUUUCGCAAGUAGGCCUCCGCUCCUUUGUACCGAAGUAAUGUCGUAUGGAUCCACCGACAUUGCAUUCGCGCCUUACGGUGAAUACUGGAGGCAACUUAGAAAAAUCUGCACUUUGGAGCUCUUGAGUGCCAAGAGGGUCCAGUCUUUUAGGCAUAUUAGGGAAGAAGAGAUUUCGAAUCUCGUCAAAUGGGUCACUUCUAAUGCGGGCUCUCCAAUCAAUCUUACUCAGAGACUAUUCUCAACUAACUAUGGUGCCACUUCGAUUGCAGCUUUCGGGAAGAAAUUCAAAGAGCAGGAGGAGUUCAUCUCAAUAGUCACCGAAUCAGCUAGAUUAGCGGCUGGCUUUGAGGUUGGGGACGUGUUCCCCUCAUCAAAGUGGCUUCAUGUGAUUAGCGGGAUGAAGCCACGAUUGGAAAAGUUGCAUCAGCAAGCAGACCAUAUUAUGAACAACAUCAUCAGAGAAAAAAGAGAAGAAAGGGCUAAGAGAAGAGAUGAUGAAACGAGACAUGAAGAUUUGAUUGAUGUUCUCUUGAGGUUUGCCGAUCCUGGUGGUCCUGAAUUUUCCCUGACCACUGACAACAUCAAAGCAGUAAUACUGGACAUUUUCACCGCCGGGAGUGAGACUUCAGCCACACAGGUUGAUUGGGCAUUGGCCGAGAUGAUGAAGAACCCAAGAAUCCUCAAAAAGGCGCAGGCCGAGGUGAGAGAGGUCUUCGACAGGAGAGGAAAAGCAGACGAGACGGGGUUGCCUGAACUAGAGUACCUGAAGUUGGUAAUAAAAGAGUGUCUGAGGAUGCACCCUUCUGUUCCCCUGCUGCUCCCGAGGGAAUGCAGAGAGAGGUGCGAGAUAAACGGGUACGAGAUCCCAGUCAAGACCAAAGUGGUCGUGAAUGCAUGGGCGAUUGGCAGAGACCCCAAGUACUGGGACAACCCCGAGGCCUUUUACCCGGAGAGGUUCAAGGACAGCCCAGUCGAUUACAAAGGGACUAGCUUUGAGUACAUACCAUUUGGUGCAGGAAGGAGGAUAUGUCCAGGGAUGAACUUUGGGCUUGCGAACGUGGAGCUUCCACUCGCAAUGUUGCUGUACCACUUUGACUGGGAGCUUCCAGAGGGAAUGAAGAGUGAAGAGCUGGACAUGAGUGAGUCAUUGGGUGUGACUCAGAGGAGGAAGCGUGAUCUGUACCUGAUUCCCAAGCCCUAUCAGCCUACCUUCGCCUGUUGA